AUGUCUUCCCAAAGCAGAGAAUUGGAAAUUUUGGGUGAUAAAGAAUCAUCACAAGAACCACAAACAACAUCAUCUAAAACUGAUAACAAACGUAAAAACAAAACUGAGGAAAAAAAAGGUGUAUUUCGAUCUGAAUGGUUAAAUGAAUUUCCUUUUUUAAAAGAAUAUAAACCAGAUAAAACUCGAGUGACAUGCAUGGCAUGUAAUAAUCAAUUCAGUGUGCAUUAUGGUGGUAAAAGUGAUGUUCUUCAACAUUCAAAAAAUAAGCAGCAUUUAAAAAAUAUGCUGACAUUUAGUCUUGAUCGUCAAUUAAUUACUAAAACAAUGAAACCAAAUCGUGAAAAAGAUGAAGUUGCUGCUGCAGAAGCUACUCUUGUUUAUCAUGCGGUUCGUCAUGGUAUUUCAUAUCUUGCUCAACAAUGCACAAAUGACGUAUUAAGAAUUUUAUUUGGUACAUCAUCUAUUGCUAAAUCGAUUGCAUGUGGUAAAACAAAAGCAGCUGCUAUUGCAACUGAUGUUUUAGCACCAUAUUUUACAGAUCUUGUUUUAAAAGAGAUUCAAAAUGCUUUUUACUAUUCUUUUUCAUUUGAUGCAAGUAAUAAUGGUAAUUUAAAAUUUUUUCCGUUUUGUGUACAAUACUUUUCAGAUCUUGGAGUAAAGAAAGUAAUUCUUGACUUUAUUGAUGAUCCAAAUGAAUCUGCAAUUGAUAUUCAUCGAAAUGCGAGACAAAUUUUGGACAAAUAUCAGUUAGAUAUACAAGGUUUAACAACUGUUGGAGCUGAUAAUGCGAACGUCAAUAUGGGAGAACAUCAUAGUGUGUUUUCAUUAUUUCGUGAAGAAAAACCAAACGUAUUAAAAGGAUCUUGUUUUAAUCAUAUUUUACACAAUGGUGUCAAACAUGGACAUAAAUUGUUAACUAUUGACAUAGAAAAAAAUUUACUAAGUAUUUACACUCAUUUUUCUCGAUCAGCUAAACGAAUAGCUGAACUAAAGUCAUAUUAUCAAUUUUAUGAACAAGAUUAUAUGGUAAUCUUGAAGCAUAUAAAACUUCGUUGGUUAACAUUAUAUACGUCGAUUAACAGAUUAUUGGAAGUUUUUACACCUGUUAAAGAUUAUUUUCUAGCUCUUGAAACAGAAAAUUGUCCAAAAGAACUUCAAGAUUUUUUUUCAAAUGAAGAAGGUCAUUGUGUUCUUAAUUUUUUAGAAAAUAUCCUUCGGAUUAUUCAAAAAUCAAAUUUAAAGUUACAAAGACAUUAUUUAGCCGCUGUUAGUUUACAUCAAAUUAUAAGUGAAUUGAAAUUCAAUUUACAACAACGAAUAAAUUCAUCAUUUUUUGGUGCAAGUUGCAAAUUAAAGUUGUCUCGAUUACCUACAAGUACAGCUGAUAAAUUAAAAGCUUCAUUUAUUCGAUUUAUUGAACGAGUUAUUGAAUAUAUUGAUGAAUUUUAUUUAUUAAAAAAGAAGGACAAAAAUGGAAAUAUAAUAAAGUCUGAGCGUAUUCCUCCAUCGAUUUUAUACGAAGCUAUAAGUCCAUUUGGUUCAUCAACAAUUAAUGAUAUUCAAUGGGAUCAUAUCACGAAAUGUAUUGAACUAUUUCAAAUAGAAAAUUUAAAUGAAGACGAUUUGUUUAAUGAAUUUACUGAUAUUCAAGUAAUAUUUAAGUCUAUCCAAGAAAAAAAUAUUCCAUUAUACAAACAAAUUCAAACAUAUAUUGAUCAUAAAAAUAAUCGAUCAGCAGCAGCUAUAACAAAAACCUCAUCAAUUAUACAAAUUGAAGAAGAACAAGAAGAUAACAGUAGUGAUGAUUGUGAUGAUCCAGACGAAAGCGUUUCAACAGAAAAAAUUAGGCCAGAUCAAUUAUGGGCGAUGCUUUUAUCUGUUAAACCGACACCUUCUCCUAAUUUACAUAAAUUCAUUUGCUUUUUAUUCUCAAUUCCAUGUAGUAAUGCAUACGUUGAAAGUGUUUUUUCAAUUAUGAAACACUUAAAUGAUGAUAAACGAAAUCGUAUGUCAACAGAACUUAUUCGAGCCGAAUUACAAAUUCGACUGAACUCUUCAUUACGUUGUAGAGAAGUUUAUGAAUAUUUUUUGUCAAAAUCAGAAUUAUUAAAACUUGUUCAAUCAAGUGAAAAAUAUCUAUUAAAAAAACAACGUAUUAAUUAA